AUGGCUGACAUAAGACAAACAGACCCUAUUCGACAACUAAUCAUCAAAUCGCUGUUUUCAGAUUCUGUUGAGGAUCCCAAGUCACCAGGUCAAUCUUCAGAGUCAGAAAGAUUAAUCAACUAUCUUAAAGUUAACGAGGAGUCUUUUGGGGGCCAGUCGCCUACUGGGUUUGAUAGGCCCACAUCGAUUCUAAAAAGAGGCAAUAAGUCAGAUAAAACUCGUUAUCUUUUAUUAUCAGUAAAUAACCGAAAGGGCCGAGUACGUCUUCAUAAAGCCAAGAAAAAUGGUAAUACACAUUUCCAGAUUGGCAAGACAUGGCCUCUUGAAAACAUUGUUAGCGUUGAAGUUAUUGAUGUAUAUCAAAAACACACAAGCCGACUUCCACAGUUGGUAAAUCUUGAAGAAAAUAUACUUCGAGAAAUCCAAGCUCGAUCGGCGGUGAAUGGCAACACCGAAAGCUAUGAACUAGCAGUCUCACUGCAAUCACGGCUAGAGAACAAGUCUACGCCGAAUUUACCGCGUAUAGCCGACCAAAGUCUGCUAAACCUUGUGCAGAAUGACAGAUCGACACCUUCCUUAUCACGAGGUGGAGGAAGUGAAACACAUAGCAUAGGAAAUUACGCGGACGACGAAGACUAUGCUAAACAAGAAGAAAUUUCUUUGAUAAAUGUCGAAGAACUGUUGAAUGAUUUUAAUUGGAAGGAAACGGGAAACGCUGCAGCGCUGGAAGAAAGAUUGUUAAAUGAGUUGGCGGCACUCAACGCGGUUGUACAACAGCUGGAUAAAGCAAUAUCUGAAUUAGACCAUAUGGAUCAAUGGUUGACUUUGUAUACUGGCGAGUUGAAUAGUAUGGGUGAAGAUAUUCAUCAUAUUGAAUCGCAAAAUCGUGGAUUGCAAGUACAAACAGCGAAUCAGAAAGCUUUACUUGCAGAGUUGGAUAGGUUAAUUCAAUCAAUUAUUAUUCCGGAUGAAGUGUUCUUAGUAUUGCGUCAAGAAACUUUGGAUACGGUGCAAGGUGUCCAACAUAUUGAGAAUGCAGCAGCGCGUCUACAAGCUGCACUAGAAUCCACUUUCGAUGAAGCAACACGAGAAAUGACCGCGGUUAAAGAAAAGGUGGAGUUAUACAGUCUACACAGUAACGGAUUCUCCAACCGUCUCCACGAACAUUUAAAAAAAUCGUUUCAGUAUCAGGCAGAUAUUUUGAUGAAUGAUAAAAGUCGUGGGCCUCGACGUAAUAGUCUUACGGUUCUCGGGCACGAGACCAUUGAAGAUUGUUUGUUGAAAUAUCGCGGGCUCUCGUUGUGGAUGAAAGAAAUUGAUCCGCGACAGCAUAAUGAGUUGCAGACUUUAUAUGCGCAAGCAGUUGAGCCAAUCUAUCAAAAAGAAAGUAAAGAAUAUAUGGCACAAAUGCGUCUGAUGCUUUCGAAAAGGGAAUUGGCUGAGGAGGCAACUUAUGCUUUUAGUGCCGCCUCAUAUUGUCUUAGUCAUCGAUCUAGUCUUGCCAGCGGAAAUAAUCAUGGUGACUUUAGUAGAGCACCAUGGGAAUACAAAGAUGCUGGAGGUGGAAAACUUCCACCUGAAGAGGGAUUUGAGCAAAUAAUGUUGACAAUCGUUCCAUUAAUUGUUCGCGAACAAAACUUCAUAUCGGAUUUCUUUCAUCUUGGUAAUAAAGGUCCAAAAACCUUUUUGAAUCGGGAAGAAUUGAAGAAUUGGCAUCCUCAAGAGUUGAAUGCUAAACAAGAAUUAACUAGUUUUAUCGAUUAUGGAUGUAAGCAUGAUCACAUACAAUCAGUAGGAAUGCUUGUAGUACUUGACAAACAUAUUUACGAGUAUCAAAAAACCAGUCAAGAAUUCUUGGUCAAGAUUUUGGGCAUGGUGAGAUUGCGUUGCAUAAAUAUAUUUGAGAAGUUCACUAAUGAACAACUAAGAACAAUUGAGGAAACAAAAGUCACUUCAAAGAAACGAAAAGGAAUCAUAUUAUUCAUAAAGCUGUUUCCGCGUUAUUGUGAACGUAUUGAACAUUCGAUGCAAGGAGAACUCGUGGAUAAACUAGAAGUUCGUGAGAUUGUUAAUAAAGCGUAUGAAAGAAUCGUAAAGACGAUGUUUGAUUCGUUGGAGGCUAUUGCAAAAGACACGGGUUCUUUGGCAGACGAUAAGGAACAGUUGAAUGUGCAUACUAUGAUGUUGGAAAAUAUGCACCGCUUUUACACCGAGAUCCUCACAUAUAAAAUCAGUGUCUUGGAGCCAUACGUGAAGCACGCGAAAAUUUCUUAUGAGAAACAUCUGGAAGCAUAUUCUAAAUCUGUUCUUCGAAAACCAUUUGGAAAAUUAAUAGAAUUUUUCGAUGGUAUAGAUAAUUUAUUGAAAACUACUGCAGCGCCGGAAGAAGUCGGGUUUCAUCUGCGAUAUAGUAAAGAUGCCCUAAAGAAAGUUGUCUCCCAAUUUCCAGGCAAAGAGAUAAAAAGAGGCCUCGAAUCGUCAUACAAGCGCGUAGACCGACAUUUCACCCAAGAAGAAGGAUUACUUCAAGUUGUCUGGCGUAGCAUACAAACAACACUGAUCAACAAUCACAAACAUUUCACCUCAAUAAUCAACAAGUGUUACCCAGACACUAAUAUCUCGUUGGAAUUCACCACUGAAGAUUUAUUAAGUUAUUUUUCAGAGAUAAUAUCGGCAUGA